CGCCACCAAAAUAAAUAAAGACUAAAGUGCAAUACAAAAUAAAUUUCGUUAAGUGUAACAAUUGCUUGCGCUCUUUCCGCUCUUUCACUCCAACUAUGCUGAUAAUUUCCGAGUGUUCUUUGCCAUAGAGUGCUGGCGUGCUUAUCAAUAUAUAGUGACUAUAUAAGACUCUUUGCAUUUCAAUAAACAUGCAGCCCACAUUGGAACUAAGCAUUUACACAUUGCUACGCAUGGCGUUCAUAUGGCAGCUCAUUUCCCUGGCCAUUUACUUGGUCGGCACCUUGACCAUUGCGGCCUUUCUCUACGACAAUUUUAAAUCGCUCAUCAGUAUUAUUAAGGCCUUACUGGAGCCGUACUUUCAGCCACAAUUGCCGCAGACUUUAUUGGAUAAAUUUGGAAAAUGGGCAGUUAUCACUGGUGCCACCGAUGGCAUUGGCAAGGAAUAUGCCAAGGAGCUGGCACGCCAAGGUCUCAACCUGGUGCUCAUCUCACGCACCAAGGAGAAGCUUAUAGCAGUUACCAAUGAAAUAGAGAGCGAGCACAAGGUGAAGACUAAGUGGAUAGCUGUGGAUUUUGCCAAGGGACGUGAAGCCUACGAGCAGAUCGAAAAGGAAUUGGCAGGCAUUGAAGUGGGCAUAUUGGUUAAUAAUGUGGGCCGCAUGUAUGACUAUCCUGAUACACUCGACAUGGUGCCCGAAGAUCUCGUUUGGGAGAUACUCAUCAUCAAUGUUGGCGCCGCCACGAUGCUCACACGCAAGAUUGCGCCCCAGAUGAAGGCGCGUCGCAAGGGCGCCAUUGUCAACAUUGGCUCCGGCUCCGAGCUGCAGCCCAUGCCCAACAUGGCGGUCUAUGCAGCUACCAAAAAGUAUAUAACACACUUUACCCAAGCGCUGGAGCGCGAGCUGGCGGAGCACAAUGUUACAGUUCAAUUGAUAAUGCCGCUCUUUGUGCUCACCAAAAUGAAUGAGUACUCCAGCAGCGUUAUGCGUGGUGGCAUUUUGAUUCCCACUGCCAGCAGCUUUGCCAAGUCGGCGGUGUUUACUUUGGGCAAGACGAGCACAACGACGGGCUUCUGGACUCAUGGCUUGCAGUACUUCUUCAUGAAACUGGCGCCACUGCGUCUGCGCACAUUGAUUGCCCACGAACUGGGGCGCCGUCUAAGAAUCGAGGCUUUGGAACAAAAGAAUUACCACUUAUGCUAUACACAUAAAAGUUGCAUUUAGACACUUAAGGGGAAAUCUUGUAAAUAUUGGCGCAUAGUUUGUAAAAUAAAAGCUCAACGUAAACCAAAAAACCGGCUGACAAAAUCAAUUUUUGCACAAACACGCGAAACGGAUUGCACAACUCUCUUGUAAUUGAAAGAGCUGCGAAACCGGUUGCCCAGGCGCGUGAAACUGUUGACCGUAAGACGGAAGACAAAAGCAGGCAAAGCACCACCCCACCAACCGCCACCCACUCCUCAUCAGGCAAGCUGCCUCCCUCGCUUGAAUGCAUUGUGUUUGGCAUUCAAAUUCAAUUCUUUUGGGGCUUAGAGACUUUAAAAUUUUGUUGCAAGCACAAAU